UGGGUCAUUAAGAGAGAGAAAAACAGCUGAAGGACAGCAGUAAUCUCUGAAUGCUUCACAACAGCAACACAGGUUUUUAAUAGCUAGACAACAACACUGCUGCAGAAUUUGUCUGCUUUACACUCAGUGUUCAGUGUUUUACUGUAAUUCGGCCUGUCUCUCUCAUCUGAUCUGGUCCCGUCUGACAGCUGCCUUCCUGUGUCCUGAACCCUUGUUGUCAGGGUUACCUCUCCACAGAGACGCACUCUCAAAGGUAGGGGAGGGCUUCAAAGGAGAGGAGACCCUCACCUUUAUGGUGUUAAGAGCGAGGAUGCGGCAGAGAUAGGACGGCGGGUUGCCCGUGGAGGAACAAGUGGAGUCAAAACCUGCAGAAAGAAGGAAGAAGGAGUUGGUUGAAGUGAAAGUUGACAUCUGAGGAUGGGCUAUGAUCUGGAGAGGUUUGUAGGUUACGUGAAUGAGGGUCUACUGUGCUGUGUAUGUCGAGACGUGCUGGAGCGCCCCCUCCAGGCACCCUGUGAACAUGCUUACUGCAGCUCCUGCAUCAGCACCUGGCUGGUCCAUCACCACUCCUGUCCUGAGGACAGACUGCCACUGGAUGUGGGUAGCCUCAAACCACUGUACAGGUACAUGCGUAAUGAUCUGAACCGUCUGCAGAUCUGCUGUGUGAAUGCAGCACAGGGGUGUGAGGUGGUCUGCUCCCUGGAGAGCCUCCACUCACACGAGGACGAGUGUGAAUUUGCCUUCAUAUCCUGCGCUAACACAGGUGGAGAGUACAUAUGUUACCACUGUGGCUGUCCCGUGCAGGUCGAGAGGCGGGGCUUGGAGGCUCACCUGUCAGAAUGUAGCUUUCGCAGCAGGGAGUGUCCUAAUGGUUGCGGCCACACGCUGCUCUCCAUUGACCAGUCACAACAUAACUGUGUAGCGGAGCUGCGCACUGAGGUGGAGAUGCUCAGGGUGGAGAUGCUGUGCAAGGUGGAAGAGGUGAGACGAGAGAUGGAGUCUCGGCUGGACUCGCAGAGGAGGCACAUGGUGCAGAAAGAGUCUCAGCUGAAGAACGAGGUGGAGGAGCUCAAGGGUCAGCUAUCCCGUGUGAUGUGUGACAUGCGUGCACUGCUAGGUGCAGAGCGUUUGAGGAGACAAGAGCUGGCAGAGGCAGAGCUGGAGAAGAGAGAACUGCUACAGCUCCUCAGAGACCUGCAGCCCACCAGGAGCCAGAAUCCCACUGAACAGGCAGCCAGGGACCAGCAUCAGGGAGAGGUGCAGACAUCAGGCUGGGAACUCCACACCGAGCCAACCAGACAUCAACAGAGAGAGGCUUCUUCACAUCCCUCCAGUCUAUCACUGCAUUCAGCCCAGUCUUCACAUGCAUCAGGCCCACCCCCAUCACCACAGCUGGGUGAGGGAGGGCGCAAGGGUGGGACCCGGAGUCUGACCUUGGACUGCAUCAAAAAGAAGAGCAGGGAGGUGACAGUGAUCUGAAAAAGCUGCAACAUAUGAAAUCUUUAUUUUUUUAUUAUUUAGCAACAAAAUUAGGGUUUUGGUAAAACGUGUUAAAGGAAGGUUUUGUUACGCUGUGUUUUUAAUGCUUAAAGAGCAGGUCUUUGUGUGAUGGAUUUCCUUCAGACCCCCAAUAAAGAUUAUUAUUAUUUGACCAUGACAUCAGACUAAACCAUCAUUUUUGAACCACCUGACGUUAUUUUAAGUGUGUCGUCAGUGCGCUUCAAGAAGUUGGAAUCAAACUUAUAUUUUUACAACUGAGGUUAACCCCAUAACGAUUCAGCAUGGGUUUUUGUGAAAUUGAAAAUGCAAAAAAUAGACAAGUUUAAAAAAAAUUAUGUUGAAUUCAUUUUUUCAAUGGGAGAG